AUGGAUCCGAACGAGCAGCCCCCCCCGGCAGCAACGCCCGAUGCGCCAGACCAAGAGACAAUGGAGCAAAUCCGUCGACGGCGACUGGCGAAACUUGGAGGUCCGUCGGGAACAAGCACACCUGCCGCAGGGUCACAAAAAACAGAGGCAUCGCCUGCCCCCGGACAAGGUUCCCCAGGGUCCUCAAACGAUAAAGAGGCCGAGAAAACGGCGCCGGUGAACACUCAGCCCAAAUCCAAAAUCUCGUCUACCCCGGCAGCGGCGACCCCCCAGAGCGCCAACAGUCCGAGCAGUAGCAGACCAGGUACUACCAACAAUGACGGCUUUCGUGGGAAGAGACAUGUGUCGGAUGUUGACGGGCCUUCAGCAAGCGCGCCGCCCAAAAAGCAGACGGCCCCCGCCGCACAGGAAACGAUCGACGACUAUGCCGACCGCAUCCUCUCGACGAUAUUCCGCUUCACCGUCGAUCCGAGCCGCACGACCAGCGCAAGCGGACAGAAGCUAGCCUUCUUGCCGAACCUCAGCGCGGACCUCACGGAUGAAGGCGCGCCGCUCAAGCUAUCUGUUGAUAGGUUGGAGGAGGCGAUUAUGGAGGUUGCCACGGCCAUCCCACACGAUAAACCGCUGUUCGACUACCUCCUGCCGUGCUGGAAGCGGGUGGUCAAGACGAUAAAGGUGCUCCGUAACCCGACUCCAGAGAAAGAGGCGUUGCUUAAGGAGGCCAGGAGGUUAUGCUUCAGCAACUGCAUAUUUGCGUUGACUGUGCCGGAGCUGUUCAGCCGAGAGCCGAACCCGCUUCACGACACGUUAGUACCCUAUCUACUGCGCGAAGUAGAAACCGAUAACGGGUUGUGUAUGGACUUCUUUGGAGAGGCCAUAGCUCGUCUGGAGGAGGACGAGACUAUUGCUGGGCUGUUUACCAAGGCCAUGGUGGACAUCAGCAACAAGUUGUCUACGAUGAACAUGAACGAUGACUACAAGCCCUGCGUCAACAUGGCACUGUCGGCCCCUGGGAUUGAGAAAAACACGAUCCUUGGACCGUUUUUUAGGAUAUCGCCUCUCCAACCAGAAGUUACUACGGUCUACUUCGCAGGGCCAAGAACGAUGGAUAAGGGGCGUAUCCAGGCGUCACAAAGCGCCCUGCAGAUGACACUGGGGGCGCACCAGACGGACCUUAGGACCAUCGCCAACGCCUUCAUCCGCGCGAGCCCCCAGGCCAGAAACAAGAUCCUGGAUUGGUUUGCCUACGUCAUGAACGCCAACCACAAGAGGCGAGCCAUGCAAGUCGAUCCGAGGGAGGUUUCGUCUGACGGCUUCAUGAUCAAUGUUACUGUCAUUCUCGAUAUGCUGUGUGAGCCCUUCAUGGACAGCAACUUUUCCAAGGUGGAACGUAUCGACAUUGGUUAUUUCAGGAGGAAUCCGAGGGUUGACAUCAAGGACGAGACGAAGCUCAACGCGGACCAGGCGCAAUCCGAUGCCUUCUACGCAAACAAGCUGGAAGGGGAGUCGAAUUUCAUCACGGAGAUUUUCUUCUUGACUCUGGCAGCACAUCAUUAUGGCAGCGAGGCAGCAAAUUCCAAGAUGAAGAACCUUGAUCGGGAUAUCAAGCACUACGAGAAGAACAUCGCUAUGAUGGAGGGAGAGCGGCACAAACUCAUUCAUCGGCCGGAGCAGCUUCGAUUACUGGACGAGGCGGUUAAGCGGCACACGGCCGUAUUGGAGCGCGCCAUGGCGAUGAAAUUCUCGAUCGAGGGCAUCUUAUUGGAACAGAAGAUGCAAAGUCGGUCGCUGCAGUUCAUGCGCUAUGUCACUGUAUGGCUGUUGAGAGUCGCCAGCCAGACAGAGUACACCCCGGACAAGCCGCUCAAACUUCCUCUGUCUGUGGAUCAGCCGGAGGCCUUCAAGUGCCUGCCAGAGUACGCACUGCAGGACAUUGUCGACAACUUCAAGUUUGUCUUCCGCUACAUCCCGCAGGUCAUUUUGUCUGCAGCGGGCGACGAGAUGAUCGCGCUCUGCAUCACGUUCCUGGAGUCGUCCGAGUACAUAAAGAAUCCGUACCUAAAAUCGUCCCUCGUCACGCUGCUGUCGCAUGGGACAUGGCCGACCUACCACAUGAAGAAGGGGGUCCUAGGCGAUGCAAUGACCAGCAGCAAAUUCGCAAACGACUACCUGCUGCACGCCGUCAUGAAAUUCUACAUCGAGUGCGAGUCUACGGGUGCUCAUACGGCGUUUUACGACAAGUUCAACAUCCGGUUCGAGAUCUUCCAGGUUAUUAAAUGUAUUUGGCCCAACGACCUAUACCGGCAACAACUCGUCCAAUCUAGCAGAUCGAACCGCACGUUCUUCGUCCGUUUCGUCAACCUCUUGAUGAACGACGCGACGUACGUCCUAGAUGAAGGCCUCAGCAAGUUUCCCAAGAUUCACGACCUGCAAGCCCGCCUUCGGGACCCCACCCUCUCACAAGAAGACCGCGAGAAGACCGAAGAGGAACUCCGCACGGCUGAGGGCCAGGCAACGUCGUACAUGCAGCUGGCCAACGAGACGGUCAGCAUGAUGAAGCUCUUCACCAGCUCUCUCGUCGACUCCUUCACCAUGCCCGAGAUUGUCCAGCGCCUAGCCGGCAUGCUGGACUACAACCUUGAGAUCCUGACGGGUCCCAAGUCCAAAACCUUGAAGGUCGAGAACCCCGAAAAGUAUUACUUCAACCCCAAAACCCUCCUCCCGGAGCUCGUCGACAUCUACCUCAACCUCAGCGAGUCUUCAACCUUUAUCGAAGCUGUCGCCGCCGACGGCCGCUCCUACUCGCCCGCCACAAUGAAGAUGACGGCAUUCAUCCUGCGCAACAAGCACCUCAAAGACGAAAAGGACAUCCUCGCCUGGGAGGUGCUCGCCGCGCAGAUCGAGAGCGCCAAGGAGGCGCUGGACCGCGCCGAUCUCGACUACGACGACGCCCCGGCCGAGUUCGAGGACCCCAUCAUGGGCAUCCUCAUGUCCGACCCGGUGGUGCUGCCGUCGAAAGCAUGUUGUCGACCGGUCCACUAUCACGCAGCAUCUGCUGAGCGACCCCAAGGACCCCUAUACGAGGCAGCCGAUGAGCAUCGAGGAUGUGGUGCCGGACACGGAGCUGCAGGGGAGGAUCGAGGCGUGGAAGGCGGAGAGGCGGGCGAAGGCGAGGGGGGAGGGCGAGGCAAUGGAUACGACGGAGUGAGGGGUGGUUCUGGUUUAGGAGUGGGGAUAGAGGAGUGCAUGCAUGGACGGGGUUGCACGAGAAUGGAAACAAUGAGUUUGUCUUUUACCUUUUGGACCGGAUUUGGCUGGGCUGUGGCAUAG